GAACUACAUGUAGCUGGAAAGUGUGAACAUGUGUCAAUUUUUGUGUCGUAGCCGUUGUCACCGACUCUUAGUGGCCGCUGUUCUUCUUUAGGUCACCGUUUGCGCACUGUCACUUGUGGAGCUUUUAUUGUUUGUUUUAAAUAUAUACCAUGCACCCAUUUAGUCAUAAAUUUAAACUAGCCUGCUUAUGAGAGACGUAUGUUAAAGAAAGCAGUGUUUGAAAAUUAAUUUAACGUCGAUGUGCUGACCGGCAGGUGAAAACGUUAUGGAUAACUAACAAGUUGAGCCGCAGCGGAUUUUGGGAACCCCGCUGGAGGAGAAACGCUGGUCUGACCUUAUUGUAAUCACUGCGAUGACGACGGAGUCCUCAAAACCGCCUUUAGGGAGGAGAAUGAAGGCACAUGCUCCACCCCCACCACAGGUCCCUCAACCGGCUCCCCGUCACAUCUUCAGAAGCUCUGUACCUGAUGGAGGACGGACGUCAGCCGCUGAGGCCAAGGAGAACAUACUAAGGCCCACUGUGGAUUUACAGCUGACCCUACCACAAGGCAACCAGAUUUCUGUAACUGAGGAUGGAAGUAAAGCUCUGAUGGACUUACUGGUCGAGCUGUGUAGUUGUCACCACCUCAAUCCAGCACUACACACCCUGGAGCUACUGUCGCCUGAGGGCCACCCUUUGGGGUUCAAGCCCAACGUCCUCCUUGGCUCCCUCAAUGUGGCCUGUAUUCUCAUCAAGGAGAAAGUCUUGGAGGAGAAAGUGGCACGAAGACCAGCACCCAAAGUGCCAGAGAAAACUGUGCGUUUGAUGGUGAACUACCACGUCAGCCAGAAGGCGGUGGUACGAGUCAACCCGCUGGCUCCACUCCAGGCUCUGAUACCAGUCAUCUGUAAUAAGUGUGAGUUUGACCCUGAACGUAUCCUGCUUCUGAAGGACAGCAUCAGUCGUCACGAGUUGCCGAUGGACAAAUCUCUGACAGAGCUGGGGAUCAAGGAACUCUACGUGCAUGAUCAGAGUCUGGCUUUCCAGCCUAAAAUGGCUUCUGCACCUGCUCUUAACUACUCAGAUACAAUUUGCUCCAGUACUGCCAGUCUGGGAAGACCACAAAAGAAAGGCUUCCGAGGCAUCUUCCAGUUCAGCAGUAGGAAAUUCAAAACAGAGACAUCUAUGGACAUGGAUGACUGUGAUGAUAGAAUAAACCAAAACACAGACACACACACCAAUGGUCUGUCUACAGUGUCAGGCAUCCACAGCACAGAGGUUCAGCCUGGUACCUUGGGCCAGUCUCAGUCUGUUGUAAAUAUUCCCAGAAUGUCUUCUAAGAAUGAGACCAAGAAGAGAAGGGCCCCAGCACCACCUGGUGCCCUGACACCCAGCACGGGACACACAAGCUUUGAAAUCAGUCAGGUGGGCCUUGGUUCAGAAAGCCAGCAGAGAAAAAGAAAGGCUCCAGCUCCUCCUCCAACUCCAACUUCCAUCACCCAAGACUCUGACGACACUUCAACCCUUGCCUCUCCCACUCCCGAUAGCCACACUGAAAGACCCGCCCCAGCUUGCCGCACCAAGGUGGCACAGUCAACAACAGCCUCUGAUGCCUCUGUGGUGGUACAAACAGUAAAACCAUCUCCUUUAAAAAUAGCAAUACAGCCUCCGCCUGUGUGCCAUGCGACUCCGACUGCCAGUUCUCCAUCCCCAAGCAGCAGCACCACUGACAGCCUCGCUGUGCAGGAUUCCAGCUCUGAGCUCAGUCACAGCUUUGAUGACUCAGAUGCUGACCUGGAGCAGGCCGGGUCCCACUACAGCACCAGCAGUUCAGCAAAUGGCUCUGUGCAGGUGCGGCCCACUACAACAAGCACCAGCAGCAGGAUGGUGGAAUCAACAAGCAGUACACCUGCCCCAACAAAACAAGAUGUGAAAUCAGACAUCAGCUCCAGGUCAGACACGGAGUCGGCCCUAAAUCUGAAGCUGGAUGAAGUGGAGAACAACAGACAUAGCGCAAUAGGAAACAGUGAUCGACCAGUGCCUCCAAAACCUUGUCGUUCCCCAACCAGAGAGUCACCACAGCAUGUCCCACCCCCUACCUUGUCUGUCCCUCCCUCUUCCCCCUCUCCCGUUGGGCAUACAGACAGCAUCUCUCUACAGGAUUCCAUGGAGAUGAAGGAAGCAGCUCCCCAGUCUUGGCUUCAUUCCAUGCAGAGCUCCACAGCCAGUGGCCAGAAACAAGAAACUAAAUCGCCUGAGACUCUGUCUUUGGAUAGCAGCAGCAGUGGCAGCAGCUUGCGGGACAAUGGUUUUACAGCUGGUAUGGCAGAGGGCGAGGAUUCAGGCAUCGUCAGUUCCCUUUCUGAUACUCAGCCCACCUCCCCGGAAGGGAGUUUAUCCCUGGAUGGAAGAAGUGGAGGAGAGAAACUAAUGGGACCACAGCAGGACAUUUCCAGCGACAGCGAUGAGGGAUGCGCCACCUGGGGAUCGAUGCACAGGCACAAUGUCACCAGCACCCAGGCACAGUCAUUCAGCUCUAAAGAUGACUCAGAACUCACAAACCAGCUCCAUCAGACUCUGGCAGAUUUUGAAGGCAAACUUGCAGACCAUGUACAAAUUGUCUCAGGAAAAGAGUCCCUUUACACAAUUUCCACUAGCAGUGAUGAAGUGCCUGUGUCUGUAGUGGACAUGGAUGUGCCAGUUACAGCCAUAGAUGAGGUGCUGGAGGAGUAUGAACAUAAUAUUGUAGAACAUGAGGUGACAUCACCUACCAGGACUGAGGCUGUUGGCAGUGAAGGUUCAGCCUUUUGCCAGUCCAAUGUCGAGUCACAGAACAAAAACAACAAUGCUUAUACAGCUGCUGUCAGUGAUAAAAGAAGCACUGCAUAUGUCAAGCAGUUGUAUCAAUCAGAGCAGCACAGUACAUCAUGGGUGGACAAAUCUACAGGGGGUAAAAAGGAAGAAAAGAUACUAGAGGUUCAAAUGAAAGAGAUGAGUUUUGUCGAUACUAGAAGUGUGAAAGAGGAUAAACAAACAUUAGCAGUAAAAUCUAAUGUUGACCUACAGAAAGACGGCAAGAACGCUAAGAUCAUCCCUGAUCCUGUUAAAAGUAAAACUCAGUCGUUUCAGGUCAAAAAACCUGAUCCUCCACCAGCAAUUCGGAGAACAGUGUCUACAGAAAAAGAUGAGAUGGACAGAGGUCAUCCAGGCUACUCUAGUUCUAACUCUUCAUCUGGAAAAAUUACUCCCAACGUCACAUCACGCUUUGGUAUGAAAACAUUUACCGUGGUCCCUCCCAAACCCUCCAUCAUGCAUGAUGGUACGUCACAGUCAGCUGUCACAGUAACCCCUUGUGCCAUUAAAAUUGAUGAUCAAGGAAAUAUGGUGAGAGCGGGUCUCUCGCAUAAUAAUGUUAAACAGUCAUCUAAAUCAGAGAUUAAUGACUCUUCCCCUCUUCAUGAAAAAGCCAAAGCUUUUUGGAGCUCAAAUGAAAAACAAGAAAAUGCUGGGGCAGCAAUAAAAGGUCUGAUUGAUAAGACUAAGGACAGCGUAAAUGGCCUUGACAGUGCUCCUGCUGGUGGCCUGGAGGCCACAUUGAGGACCAGUAACACAGAGCACCAGAAAACACAGAGUACAGUUUCCAAGCCUGCAGAGAUGGUCCAGCUGAAAGUGGUGGUUGCAGAAGAAGGAGCUAAAGAGCCUGUGAAAGUUGUAAACAAAGAGUGGGCUGAGAUGGAGAACAAGAUUUCAAUGCCCAAAAAUGUUCAGCGGCCAAGUGAUAAACCUUCCCUUCCUCCUCCACUGCUUCCAGAAUUUAAAAGGGACCUGUCCUUCCUUAAACCAUCCAGACGAACCUCAAGCCAAUAUGUGGCAUCUGCCAUCUCUAAAUACACCCCAAAGAGCUCAGCUAAACCAAGCAACGUUCCUAAAGUCCCUGACUUCUCUCCAUCUACAAUAACAGAAGCUGGGGCUGGUUUCCAGAGAAGGGGUCGGUCUGUACAUGUGACUCCGCUCCAAUCUACCCCCUCAUCUUUAUCAGAUAAUAAGGAGAAUGUCUCCACUUCUACACCCAACCCCCCUGGUCCCAAGAGGUCUGUGAGCUACCCAGAGCAUGUGUCAGAUACUCAGAGAUCUUUUGGGGAAAUGAAAUUGGACAGGAGGGUGUUUGAAAAUUGUGCUGUAUCCUCCAAAGGAGGUUCUUCUGAUAUGUUGGACACUGAAACAGCAAAGAAUAAUCACUGUCAGUCCAAUGGAUCCACCCAGAUACGAUCGAAUGGCAGUAAUAGUGAAGAUCAUUUUAAACACGUUCGACCCAGAAGCCCCAGCCCUGCAACAAACAGUCCUCUGCACUCAUUGUGUAAACCACCCACAGCCCCAAAGAUCACAUCUCAAAGCCAUGGCUCGAAGGACACAACGAAGGCACCCACUCACCUAACCCCAGAUGACAAACUGCAGCCUUCAGUCCCAGUUUCACACAGUGAUGUGACCCCUGGACCUCCAGCAGUAACAGUGUUUGGGCCCAUUAAAAAGGUCAAGCCAGUCAUCUAUAGAUCUGUUGAAAAGGAGACAUCUCUGCACAGCAAUCUGAUGGAGGCAAUCCUGACAGGUGGAGGCAAGGAUAGACUCAAGAAGAUAUCUGCUUCUGGCCCCAGCAAGCUGAAGAAAGCGACUUAUGUUGAAGAGGAAAAUGAAAGAUCUGCUCUUCUGGCUGCUAUUAGAGCCCAGAGCAACACAGGCAGGCUGAGGAAGACAAAAUCUGAGGCUGCCAAUGAGCUUGAAGAGUUCAGGAAGGCAACCUCUGAUGAGGAGAGAAGUGCAAGCUCUUCCUCUUCUCCUCCCUCUUUGACCUGUUCCUCCCCUGCCUUUGUUCCACCACCACCUCCACCUGUAGUUGCACCUCCACCUCCGCCACCUGUCUUGCCCCUGGGUAAGCCUAGUACUUUGGGACAUCCAAAUGCUAAUGCGGCCAUGAAUCCUGCCUUGGCCAGAGAGGCUAUGCUGGAGGCUAUUCGCUCUGGAUCAGCUGCUGAGAGGCUCAAAAAGGUCUCUGUGCCUACAAAGACCGUCCAAGUGAACGGCAGACUGGGAACCAUUCAAGCAACCUCAUCGACAGUCUCUCAACGCUAAGUGGGGACUCCCUCAUCACAGCAAAAAAGAAUCACUCUUCAUAUUUAAGUUUUAAUUUAGUUACAUUUUUAAACUGUGCUGUUGUAACAAGCUGGUUGAAACCUGGAUCAAGUGAUAAAUAUUUAGUUAAAGAUUUUGCACUUAUAGAAUAGGACAAAUAAAGAUUUGAUGUUAUCUAGAUGUACUAGAUAAAGAAGCUGAGGCCUUAUGCUUAAACUGAUACAGUCUGUAGAGGAACAGCAGGACAGAGAUAUCAUUUUAAUUGUCAUUAUGCUUUCACUUCUGUUAAACUAAAGCAGGAAGCACUUUUAGUGGCCUGAGAAGGGUGUCAUAGGUAAUGCGUGCAGUUGAUGUCACCCACAGUAUCAGAUCAUUCAGCCUCUAACAACUUUAUGAAAAAUGUUUGUGUCCAACUUUCUAACAUGCUGUUGUUCCUUCCUUUAUCUUGCCAUGUGUACUUUAAUUCAGUGGUUGAAAGCAGAACAUUGUACAAAAUUAUGUGCCAAUGAAAGCUAAUGUAACAGUACAUGAAACUUUGUUCAAUUUUUGUUGAUCUUAAUUUUUUUAUUUGCCUUUACUACAGUAAGUUAUGGAUGCCUUAUACUGUUGCUCACACAGUAUUAUGUAUAUGAUGUUUGCUAUACAGAUUCUAUGUAGGGUUUAAUAAGUUGAAUAUGAUGAUGGUUCCAGAUAUGGACUACUUUCUAUUUAAUUUCCACAAUGUAUGAAUAUUUAAAACAUACAUACACUUAAGAAAACCAUGAGGAGAUUCAUGGUGAUGCUUGAAGGGUCACUUUUUUUGCAGGAUUUUGUUUGUUAUGCCAACCUCUGCAGUUCCUGGCCAUUGGAAGACAGAAAUGGUGAUGAAUGCCUUGUGCCUGUUAGUUUAAUAUCUUCAUGUUUUAGAUUCUAACUUUUUUUUUUUUAAUUUGUGCUGCUGUUAGAAAUCUAAAGAUUGACAAGCAUAAUUAGUAACCCACAGAAAUUUAGUUUCUUUUGCUCUUUUUUUUCCCCUUUGCUUUAUGUUGAAAAAGCUUAGAUGAAUUCUCUUGACAUGUAAACAGUUUUGAGGCACUGUUAUUGAUAUAUAUGGUGAAGAUCACCAUUAGAAAAGUAAUUACCACUAUAUAAUGGAUAUUUUAUAUAAGUCAGCAGUUGUAGGAAAGCUGGACUAAGUCAUGUAUUGUCUUAAUUUAAGCAUUUUUGCUUUUCAUUAUACUCAUCUGUCAGGUUUAUCAAGUGGAGGAGCUAUGAAGGGGAGUGGAUGUUGCCUUUAAGUGGUAGACGCUAGUUGAGGUUGGAUGUCUGUGCUAAAUCAUCUUUAGAUUGAAGAUAAACUGCAUCAGGUAGAAAUGUUUGCUGCUGCAUAUUUUGAGGUCAUUUUGAUUUACAGUAUUUGCUUCAGUUUCAGCUCUCAAAUCAUUUUCUCAAAAUUUAUUUGGAUCAUUUACUGAUAAUUUCAUUUCUGCAAGUUGGUUUCUUCCACUGGAAUGACUACAGCACAGUGUAGCAGUUUCAUUUUUUUAAUCUUUGAGAUAUUGUGAUCGAUUUGAUUUAUAUCACCAAUAACGUCAACAUUUUAUAAGCUAUUUUUUUUCUUUCAUGGUAAGAUUGCACAGUUAUUUUUGUUUAGCCCAAAAUUUUUUGAUUCAAUAAAUAACUUUGU